AGAACCAUGGAUGAAAUGGGGAAGGAGAUUCCUAAUGAUGCUCCAUGGAAUGCACCACAUGCCGAGGAAUGGGACAAAAUAACGAUGAAAGAACUUAUUGACAAAUUAUGCUGGACUACCACAGCUAAGAAUUUUGCAACACUUUUUGUGAAUGUGAAUGUAACAUCAGAACCUCAUGAAGUCUCUGCACUUUGGUUCUUGUGGUAUGUAAAGCAGUGUGGAGGAACUACAAGAAUUUUUUCAACAUCUAAUGGUGGACAGGAGAGAAAGUUUGUUGGUGGAGCAGGACAGAUUAGUGAAAAGAUAGCAGAACGUCUACAAGGUCGUGUGAAACUGCAGAGGCCUGUAGUGCGAGUUGAUCAAUCUGUGGAAAACAUUACAGUAGAAACUGUCAAUCAUGAAAUAUAUGAGGCCAAAUACGUUAUCAGUGCCAUUCCACCCACUCUUUGUCUUAAAAUAAAUUUUAAUCCUGGUUUGCCUCCACUAAGAAAUCAGCUAAUUAGUCGUGUUCCUAUGGGCUCAGUAAUAAAGUGCAUGGUUUAUUACAAGGAAGCCUUCUGGAGGAAGAAAGAUUAUUGUGGGAGCAUGAUUAUUGAAGAUGAAGAAGCACCAAUUGGUCUAACCCUUGAUGAUACAAAACCCGAUGGCACAGUGCCUGCUAUAAUGGGAUUCAUACUUGCCCGCAAGUCAAGGAGAUUAGCUAAUCUUACAAAAGAUGAACGAAAAAGAAAGAUCUGUGAGCUGUACGCGAGAGUAUUGGACUCCGAGGAAGCUUUACAUCCGGUACAUUAUGAAGAAAAGAACUGGUGUGAGGAGCAGUAUUCUGGGGGCUGCUAUACAGCUUAUUUCCCACCCGGAAUCCUGACUCAAUAUGGAAGGGUUCUCCGACAACCUUUUGGUAGAAUCUUCUUUGCUGGCACAGAGACAGCCACUGAGUGGAGUGGAUAUCUUGAAGGAGCAAUCCAAGCUGGAGAAAGGGCUGCCAGAGAGAUCUUAUUUGAAUUGGGAAAAAUUUCAGAAAGUGAUAUAUGGAUGCCAGAGCCACAGUCAUUGGAUAUUCCAGCAACUCCAAUUACAACUACAUUUUGGGAAAGAAACUUGCCAUCUGUGGGUGGUUUACUGACGCUUGUUGGAUUUUCUGCAUUUGUAACAUCAACAGUGGUUUUAGGUCUGACGGUUUGCAAAAAAGGACUUCUCAUUCGGAAUUAA